UUCCUUCUUCUUGUUUAUAGAGUAGCUGAAGAAAUGAAGUACGUGUUGGUGACAGGAGGAGUUGUUAGUGGGCUCGGUAAAGGAGUCACUGCCAGCAGUAUUGGUCUUAUUCUUAAGGCCUGCGGUCUUCGUGUUACCUCCAUUAAGAUUGAUCCUUAUUUGAACACUGAUGCUGGCACAAUGUCUCCUUUCGAGCAUGGAGAAGUGUAUGUCUUGGAUGAUGGUGGAGAGGUGGACCUGGACCUUGGAAACUAUGAGCGUUUUCUAGAUAUUAAGUUGACCGGUGACAACAAUAUAACUACUGGGAAAAUUUAUCAGGCAUGUCCUCUAAAAUUCCCUAUCAGAUUAUUGAUGUAUUCGGUUAUUGAUAAGGAGAGAAGAGGGGAUUAUUUGGGAAAGACUGUUCAGGUUGUCCCUCACAUUACAGAUGCCAUUCAAGAGUGGAUAGAACGUGUGGCUGUCAUUCCAGUUGAUGGCAAGGAUGGCCCACCAGAUGUUUGUGUCAUAGAACUGGGUGGCACAAUAGGAGAUAUUGAAUCAAUGCCAUUUAUUGAAGCAUUAGGACAAUUCUCAUAUCGUGUAGGUGCCGGUAAUUUUUGCUUGAUACAUGUCAGCCUUGUGCCUGUUUUGAGUGUAGUUGGUGAGCAGAAAACAAAACCUACUCAGCACAGUGUUAGAGGUUUGAGAAGCCUGGGAUUGACUCCCAACAUUUUAGCAUGCCGGAGCACAACGGAACUAGAAGAGAAUGUCAAGGAGAAAAUUUCCCGGUUUUGCCAUGUCCCGCUAGAUAACAUUAUUACUCUUUAUGAUGUCUCAAACAUUUGGCGCGUUCCUUUGCUUUUAAGAGAUCAGAAGGCGCAUGAAGCAAUUCUGAAAGUUCUGAACCUUAAAGGAGUUGCACAACAGCCUGCUUUGGGAGAAUGGACAUCUCAGGCUGCCCUCUGUGACAAGCUACAAGAGCCUGUUAGAGUAGCCAUGGUAGGAAAGUACACCGGGCUUUCAGAUGCAUACCUCUCUGUACUGAAGGCUCUUGUGCAUGCCUCUGUAGCUUGCCACAGGAAACUUUGUAUAGAUUGGAUUGCAGCCAGUGACCUUGAGGAUGAAACUUCUACAGAGAAUCCUGAGAAUUAUAGAAGUGCUUGGAAGUUGUUGAAGGGGGCGAAUGCUAUCCUAGUUCCUGGAGGAUUUGGUGACAGAGGUGUGGAGGGUAAAAUCCUCGCUGCUAGAUAUGCCCGUGCAAACAGGAUUCCGUUCCUUGGCAUAUGUCUAGGAAUGCAAAUUGCUGUUAUUGAGUUUGCUCGAUCCAUUCUUGGAUUGCUAGACGCAAACAGUACAGAAUUUGAUCACAACACUCAGAAUCCUUGUGUCAUUUUUAUGCCAGAGGGUUCAAAAACUCAUAUGGGUGGUACGAUGCGUCUUGGAUCUAGGAGAACAUAUUUUAAAGUUGCGGAUUGUAAAUCUGCAAAAUUAUAUGGCAACCAGAGCUUUAUAGAUGAGAGGCAUCGACACAGAUAUGAGGUGAACCCCGACAUGGUGCAGCAACUUGAAGAUGCUGGUCUUUCUUUCACUGGCAAAGAUGAAAGUGGUCACCGCAUGGAGAUUGUUGAGCUGCCAAAUCAUCCUUACUUCAUCGGAGUUCAAUUUCAUCCAGAAUUUAAAUCAAGGCCAGGAACCCCUUCUGCCCUGUUCCUAGGGCUUAUAGCCGCAGCAACUGGGCAACUUGAAACUUUGUUGAAGAAGGGUGUUCCCAAAACAUGGAGUUUGAGCAAUGGUACGUCAGGACUAAAAUCACAUCGAUAUGUAAAUGGGACAAAGAUGGCUAAUGGAUCAUUUGAUGGCAUUUAUUGCAACGGGAGUAGCAUACAUGUCUAAAGGAAACAGUAAGAUACGUUGUGGGUGCUUGGCCCUGGAUUUCU